AUGGAUUUGGGCUGUUGGGUUUUGAGAAGAAAAAAUCCACCAAUUAGGUUACCAAGAAUCCCACCAAAGGCUGAGGCCAUGAAGGCCGUUUUUGGAGUUCCUUUGCUGGGAACAGUAAAUCUUAGGAUUCUUGAGAUAUGGGUUGAUGGAAAACGAAACUGCCACAGCCAGAACAGUUUCGGUAAGGUUACUGGAAAAGUGUGUCGAGUAAGAAUCUCGAUAUUACGGGAAUUUGAGAAGAAGAAGAAGAGAAUAAGGGGAAACGGAACGAGGAAUCUAGAAGUAUAUGGGAGGAAGAACACUCCAAAGGUGAGAGUGUUGAAGAGGGUUCUAGCAGACGACGACGGCCGCGUCGUUUAUUGCCGGCUUGUGGCCACCGAAGAGGCAGAAACCCGUUGCUUGCGGGCACCGGUGAUGCAGAAGCCGUCACUUGCGGCGUCUACUUGCGGUGGUGAUGUUGUACCCCCGGAGCACGCCGUCGUAGCCGGCGCUGCUGAUGUGGCCGUCGAUGCCGUCAACGGGAGGACGCCGACGAGUGAGCUGGUUGCUUAA